AAAUAAACCCACUUUAAGAAUCUUUCCCUCUUGGUCCUUAUUCUGUAUGGCCUUAAUUAUGUUGUUGACUUGCUCACUACAUAAUUUCAAAAUGUAAUUCUUUCUUCCAUUUCUAGAUUUAUUAUCUAAAACUUCUAGUAUUGUUGAUAAUCAUUAAGAAACUUUUAGAAUUACCAAUCUCUAGAUAUGUAUCAUAAAUAACAGGAUAUGUUAUGAAUCUUUACAUUCCAAAAAUAUUAAGGUAACAUUAAUAUUAAUAUGCUAGAAUACCUAUUUAUUCUAUAUUCAGUGAAAUUUAUAAAGUAAGAAGAUAAGACAUGAUUCAUCCAUUGAAUUAUUACGAUACAUUCAAUAAAUUCUUUACUAGAUAAAUUAAACCAAGAAAAAUAGAAUGUGGAAUGAUCAGUCCUGCUGAUUCAAAAAUUUUAUCAAUUAGCAAAGUCACAAAAAAUGAAUGUUUAUUAGUAAAAAGAGUUACAUAUCAAAUUGGAUAAUUUUUAACAGGCAUCAAAGGAUAUGAAAUGGAAUUCAAAAAAAAAUAUGAAUACUCAAAUCUAUGGUCUUGUAUUUUUUAUCUUGCUCCUGGAGAUUACCAUCGUUAUCAUUGUCCUGUUGAUUUUAUAGCAAGAAGUAGAUUGCAUAUUCCAGGUAAAUUAGCACCUGUUAAAGAAAGUAGUCUUAAAUAAGUAUUAUAUUUUAUAUAUAAUUAGGGAUUAUAUGAAGGAAAUGAAAGAGUGGUUCUUGAAGGAGAGUGGGAAUAAGGACUCAUGUACAUUAUAUUUAUAGGUGCAACUAAUGUGGGUUCAAUGAAAGUUAAUUUUGAUUCAGAUUUGAUUACUAAUACUAAUACAUAUCAUAAAAAUGGAUAUCGAAAUUAUUCAAAUCUUUCAGUUAACUCACCUUAUUAAUCAUGUGAAAAAGGAGUGCAUAUUAAAAAGGGAUAAGAGAUAGGAAAAUUUGAAAUGGGUAUAAUUUAAAUUAAUUAAUUUAUAGGAUCUACUGUUGUAAUCAUUUUUGAAAGUACAUCUAUUGAAUGGAAUGUUAAGGCUCAAUAAAAGGUUUAUUUUGGACAAUAAGUAGCUACAUAUUGAUGUAAGUAAUAUGUAUAAG